AUUAGAAAAAGAAAAGGCAAUGUAACAGGGAGAGUGAUAGACAGGCUAGGCCAUCUAACAUGGUUAGUUACCCUUAGCCCUCUAUAUAGCUAUCAAUAUGGUUUACUCCUUCUGUCCCUUUUAACUCCUCCAUCAACCUUCUCAAAUCUUCUGCAUCCAACUUCACCUGAGUCCUUUGAGACGUCAGGAAACAUGGAAAGCGAAGCACCAAGUUGGGCUGAUCAAUGGGGUGCUGGUGGUAUUGGUGCCAUGGAAGAUGAUGACACAAGAUCUCAAAAAGACACUGCCAAGAACAAGAAUUCAGGUUCUAAGGGUGGUCUCAGCAAAGUCAAAGCAACUGCCUCAAAUUGUGUCAAAUGGAUAAAAAGCCUGUGCAAGAAAAAGAGUACAUCCAAGCAGUAAAUGAGAGAAUAUACAGUGUGCACUUGUAAUUCAGCACCAUGGCAGAUACCAGUUUUGUAACUUUUUUUCCCUUUUAAUGAAUUGGUGUUUCACUCAGUUAUUAGUUAAGCUCAA